GAAGUGAACAGCAUGGGCGUUCCUCGUUCUAAAUAGUAGACUGUCAGUGAUGUGUCAAAAGAUUAUUUUUCUACAAAUAAAUAAGAAUUAAUUAAUAUUACUAAUAGAUUAAAAGAAAUAAAAAUUUUCUUUACAAUUAUCUAAUAAAUUAAAAAGAUAUAAAAUUGACUGUCAAGUGGAAAAAGAUGAAAAAUUUAUAAAAGAUUAUCAAUUAUUCAAAAUGUAUAAACUGACUGUAUAAAAAAUCGAAAUAUUCUUCAGUAUUAUCAUCGUCUUAUAUUUAUUGAAUAUUUUGCCAACGUAAUAUCAACAUCGACAUUUUAAAGUAACAUUUUAUUACAUCGAUGCUACCGUACAUGAAGGAUUUUUCAGUUCUUUGUAUCCAUGAUAAAUGUAAUAUGAGUAAUGUUUUUCUUUUUAUGAAACAUUAAACAAAGAAUGAUAAUCGUUUUUGUUAUUAAUAUCUACAAAAAAGCGAUAUUAUGAUUGAGUAGCGUAUUGUUGAUCAUUUCUAGUGUACCAAUAAUGAAACAUCGUAGAAAAUUAUCAAGUUAAUGACAAAGUGAUUAUUGAGUAGUGUAGCUAUUAAAUUGAAAAAAUUAUUUUAUUAUUACACUGUUUAAUGAGAGAAAGAAUAAGAAAUCCUAACUAUGUCUGCCAAUAAUUCAGCUGCUACACUUGUCAAUGCAACAAUACCAAAUAGAACUUCACAAAAGUCUACAUUACUGAAAGUAGUCAUUUUGGGCGAUGGAGGUGUUGGAAAAUCUUGUCUUAUGAAUAGAUUUGUAUCGAAUCAUUUUGAUGAGCACAGUUUUCACACAAUUGGAGUAGAAUUUUUGAAUAAAGAUAUUGAAAUAAAUGGAGAAGCUUAUACUCUACAAAUAUGGGAUACUGCUGGUCAAGAACGAUUUAAAACUUUGAGAACUCCAUUUUACAGAGGUUCUGAUAUUUGUUUACUUACAUAUGCAGUUGACGAUAGAACUAGUUUUAGAAACUUGGCUCUUUGGAGAUCGGAAUUUUUAUAUUACGCUGAUGUGCAAGAAGGCUCUUUGUUCCCAUUUAUUGUUGUUGGUAAUAAAGUUGAUGUGCCAGAAGUAGAAAAAGAAAUUUCAACAGAAGAAGCGCGUGCUUGGUGCGCAGAAAAUGGUAAUCCACCGCUAGUAGAAACGUCUGCAAAGACUGCCACUAAUGUGGAAGCAGCUUUUGGUGCAGCAGUAGCCACUUGGGCAAAGUUAGAAGCUAGAUUAGAACGUCCAUUAGUUGAGGAUACUGUGGAUCUCUCUAAACAACACUCGCCUCAUCGUUCGAGUUGUUGUAUGCCUAUGACUAGUACUGAGUGUAACAAAGUUAUUUGAAGGAACUGCAUGCUUCUACUAUAAAACGUUAGUGGCAUUACAAUUAACUGUUUAUAAGAAUAAUCAAGCACUAUUGACUCAACGCAUCACUCAUUAUUAUUGAUUAUAUGUAUCGUGAUUUAAUAUUAAUUAAUUCCAUUAUAUAAUAAUUUGCAGUAUUAGAAAGUCCAUCAGCUUGUGAUAAUCAAAUAACAUUAAAUAGUAUGCUAAAUUGGCUUCUAAUUGUUUGUUCUUAUCUUCUGCUUUACUGUAACUUUUCGUACUGUUU